AUGCCUAAAGAUGAUGUUGUUUCAAUAUCGUUCGAUGAGUUUUGGAAAGAUAUCCGAAAUGAGUAUCUCAACCAGCUCUCAGCCAAAGACCCGGCCGAAGUCUACCCGAGCAACAAUCCGGGUCCCACAACGCCUGAUGGAGGUGUGAACUUCGAAUGCCAUUGUGUUGGACAUCUUGUUGGCAGCCCUUGCGGAUAUCAAUUCCGGCAAGCAAUCACUUGCCAAAAAGCCAGAACUGACGAUGAAAUGCAGAAGAUACAUUUUCAGGGAGCUUGCGGUAACGAGCUCAUGUCGUUCAUGGAAUGCGUAACGCGUACCGAAUGCUUUAAAACGAGCGACGCCUCAGAAUCCAAGUAG